UCGUUCUUUGUGUGCUUUGCUACAUGUCAAAAAUCUGGUCAAAGUGCUUGCUUACUUCGUUGUACUGUCAUUAACAGAGCGAUGCAAGGGAAAAAAAACACAAUCAAACAAUAGAAAAUAAAUUGUAUUGCGAUAUUUUGGAUAUUAUUUCAUUGCGUUUCGAAAUUGUUUUUUUUUCGUGUCGUUUUGCAAUUGUUGUCGAACUUAUUUUGGUGUACAAUUGGUUUCAUCCCAUUUGCAGUAAAAUAGACGAAAGAAUUUGGAAUUGGAUUGGGCGAGGGAAGAUUUAGUUUAAGAAAAAAAAACACGUAAAACAAAACUAGUGCAGAAUAAAAAAUGAGUUCAUCGUCGUAUUCGACAAGCAGUAAGUCGUCACGCAGUGAGGCUGAAUUCCAGAAAUUAUCACAGACCAUCGCCACCAGUAUACAGAAAAUACUCCAAAAUGUAUCGACUAUGCAACGUAUGGUUAAUCAGAUUGGGACCGCGCAAGAUUCACCAGAUCACAAGCAACAGUUGCAUCAAUUGCGUACGUACACGCAAAAACUUCUCAAGGACACAGAAGGCAUGCUGAAUGAUUUGGUAAAUUCGAACGAUGACCGUCAUUUGAAAAUUCAAAAAGAUCGUUUGCUUGAUGAAUUCGCUGCGGCAGUGUCUGCCUUUCAAAAUGUCCAGAAGAAAACGGUUGACAUUGCAAAGAGCCAGUAUCGACAGGCCCGAUCAAACAAUGUGGCAAUUCCAAAACCGCCUAACUCACAGGGCAACAAUAGCAAUAAGGGUUCGUUUUUCAUGGACACAUUUUCAUCACCACAACAAGGCGGCCAACUGCAGAACCAAUUACAAGAAGACAUUGACUUACAAGCACUUGAAGAACAAGAGCGAACCAUUCGUGAAUUAGAAGAAAGCAUCGUCGGUGUUAAUGAGAUUUAUAAGAAUUUGGGUGCGUUAGUAUUCGAACAAGGAAAUGUGAUCGACUCGAUUGAACAGUCCGUGGAACAAACCAGUGUAUUUGUGUCGGAAGGUACCGAGCAGCUGCGAAAAGCUAGUCACUAUCGCAAUCAAAUCCGAAAGAAGAAAUUCUUCAUCGCUAUGAUUUUAAUGGCUAUUAUACUUGUGAUUGCCUUUGUAUGUUGGAUUUCAAAAUGAACCACUAUCUAUUUAUAUCCUAUGUAAUCGUCCACGUUUAUUUUUCUAAUCAAUUAUUCAAGCAAAAAAAAUGGAACCAAGAAAAAAACGAUUAAAAGAAAAUGAAAUGUUACAACUGAUACAAGUGUUAUAUUGGAUUAUUGCAUUGAAUGAUUUCUAGAAAGGCAAUAAGAAUGAAAUGAUAAAAAAAACGGAAGAAAUAUUACUUAUAUUUUCUUUGAAGAUUGCGAUGUGCAUCAAUGGAAAAAUAAAUUAUAGAUUAAAUUUUUUCGGAAGCAAA